AUGAAAACGAGAGGUGUAACAUAUUCGGGAUGCCCUGUUCAGUUAGCCAUGCAGGCUUCAGUUGGAGGCCCAUCAGGGGCCAGUCAGCACUAUUUCAGUCAGGCAGAGGGUUUUCAGGCCAGAGCUCCAGAUUAUGGUGGUUAUUCGGCUUCGUUCGUUUCUGUUCAGCGUCCGACGCUAGACCGCGGAUGCUUUGAGUGUGGUGAUACAGGGCAUUUCAAGAGAAAUUGUCCCAUACUUAGGCUGGGUGGCCAGAGUACUCAGUUUCAGGCUCCCAGAGCUCCAACAUCAGGUAGAGGGGGAGGAUCUUAUGAGGGUAACCGCACUCAGUCUAGGCGUAGCGGUCACACGGCUGGUAGAGGUGUCACCCAGCCUAACAGAGGUGGGUUUCAGUCUGGUAGAGGUGGACAUCAUCCCGACAGAGGCGGAGCUCAGACGGGGCAGGUUGAUCGCAAUGGUUUGAAGGCUAUCGGCAGACAGGUUCGUUGUUAUGCCUUUCCUGGCAGGACUGAGGCUGAGGGCUCAGAUGCAGUCAUUACAGAUGGAAUCGUUCGGAAGCUCUACGGAAGGGCAAGGCUCUGCUGUGAUUUGGCUGGACUUCUUACCAGGCACGUUGAGACUGUAAACUCUUACUUAAGCAUUAUGGUUGAUAAAUUGGACUAA